GUCAUUCACACUCCCUUAUCUGCUUCUACCUUCGUUCAGCAGAGCUCAAAAAUUAGAUAGCGCGAAAAAACCCUAACUCGAAAUCCAUGGAGGUUGUUUUGCAGCCUCUGUGCACCAUUAUAACCGCCAAAACCUUGAGGUGUAAAUGUAAACAACCACUUCUCAUUCCACAAAUGCCUAAUCCUUCUUCUUCAAAACAUUUUCCGUUAUUUUCUUUCCGCACCACUCUCUCUUCUCCUUCUCGUUUUCCUCCACCACCUGUUUUGUCUGCGACGCCGGAGAAUCAAUUGAGCAGCGUUGGGGAAGGGGAGGACGCCGAUACAAGAGAAUUGCAAUUACAAGAUUUUUAUUCCCUGAGGAAAGAUGUUGAAAUUACAUCACAGCGUGUUGAAGAGAUUAGAGAAUCUUCUGGUCUACAGCUGUUGGAGCAAGAAAUUUCCAAUUUAGAGGAGAAAGCAGCUGCUAGUUCCUUUUGGGACAAUCGAGCCAAAGCUCAAGAGACUCUUUCGACCUUGGCUGAUGUCAAAGAUAAGAUAAAAUUGCUCACUGAGUUCAAAACCCAGGUCGAGGAUGCAGAAACAAUAGUUAAGCUGACUGAGGAAAUGGAAUCCAUUGAUAGAGGGCUUUUUGAGGAGGCUGCUAGUCUUAUUAAAGAACUGAAUAAAUCACUAGAUCGAUUUGAGCUGACUCAACUUCUUUCUGGUCCUUACGAUAAAGAAGGUGCUGUUAUCUCUAUUACAGCGGGUGCUGGAGGUACUGAUGCACAGGAUUGGGCGGACAUGCUUCUUAGGAUGUACGUGAGAUGGGGUGAGAAACAGAGAUACAAGACCCGAGUGGUUGAGAAAUCCCCUGGAGAAGAAGCUGGAAUUAAAUCUGCCACCAUCGAAAUUGAAGGUCGUUAUGCUUAUGGGUAUUUGUCUGGGGAGAAAGGAACACAUCGCAUUGUUCGGCAAUCUCCUUUUAAUGCCAAAGGUCUCCGUCAGACAAGCUUUUCUGGUGUUGAAGUCAUGCCUCUUCUUCCAGAAGAAUCUAUGAAUGUUGAAAUUCCUGAGGAGGAUCUGGAAAUUAGUUUUUCAAGAGCAGGUGGAAAAGGAGGUCAGAAUGUGAACAAGGUUGAAACUGCAGUUCGGAUGACACACAUCCCAACUGGUGUCACUGUUCGCUGCACAGAGGAGAGAUCCCAACUAGCAAAUAAGAUAAAGGCCUUAAGCCGUUUGAAAGCCAAGCUGUUGGUGAUAGCUGUAGAGCAACGUGCAUCUGAAAUUAAGCAGAUUCGGGGAGAAGCAGUCAAAGCUGAAUGGGGACAACAAAUAAGGAACUAUGUAUUCCAUCCGUACAAACUAGUAAAAGAUGUAAGAACGGGGUAUGACACGCCAGAUAUCACCUCUGUUAUGGAUGGCGAGUUAGACCCUUUCAUCAAAUCUUACCUCAGACACAAGUACAGUAUGACACUGUCUGCAAGUGGGGUCAACUAAUAUCUUCUAUUUUAGUCACGGGUCCUUGCUCCCCCGAAGUGAGGUAUAGUUAGGUUGUUGUAUUAGUGGACCUAUGUAUCGCAUUACAAUGUGAAAUUAAGGAGACAAUUUAAGUUGUUGCCACUGGUUCCUAUUAGUUAUCCAUUUAUAAUUUUAAUCGCUGAUUUUUACUAAAUCAACUGUUGAUGUCACCUUGAAACUGGGUGGCUU